GCCCUGCCUGGGGGCCCGGUGCCCGUCGCCCCGCCUGGGGGCCCGGUGCCUGCUGCUCCGCCCGGUGGCCGGUGCCUGCUGCUUCGCCUGGUAAUCCGAUGUGCCUCUGCCCGGAGUCCAGCCCGAUGUGCCUCUGCCCGGAGUCCAGCCCGAUGUGCCUCUGCCCGGAGUCCAGCCCGAUGUGCCUCUGCCCGGAGUCCAGCCCGAUGUGCCUCUGCCCGGAGUCCAGCCCGAUGUGCCUCUGCCCGGAGUCCAGCCCGCCCGGUGUGCCUCUGCCCGGUGUGCCGCUGCCCGGAGUCCUGCCCGGUGUGCCGCUGCCCGGAGUCCUGCCCGGUGUGCCAGUCUUUG